AUGGAUGAGAUGUGGAUGAGAUCCCACCCAAUGAAGCCCUCUGGUGGUUUUUGCUUUUUAAAGACUGGUGUGAAAGAAGGACCUAAUAAGGGUAAAAGUUUCUAUAUCUGCACGGGGCAGGAUGGCUCACCUUGCCAAUUUACACUACCUGCUGACAUUCCUCCUUCUCACUGUCUCCGCCAUGAAGAUGCUCUGGUUGAACUUCAAGCUUUGGUUCAAAAUGCAAAACACAACUCUUACAGGUUGUUGUAUCGCUGUGUGAUUGGAAAGAAAGAGGGACAGAAGUGGUGUGGGAGUAUUCCAUGGACAGAGAAAGACAAUAAGAAAAGUCAUUUGUUGGACACUAAAAAUCAGCCUUCCGCUUUGCCUCCUGUGAGAAACCCUUUUAAAGCCCCUAGCAAAGCAGACAAAACUUCAGAAUGGAAAAUGCUUCAAGAGGGUGACUCGGCUGGAGGAAAUAGAAAGGAUUUGGAUAAAUCUUCUGAAAGUAAGAGCUGCAACAAGACCGAGGAUGAUGAAAGAAACAAUAAAAAAGUGGGUAAAGAAUUGGAUGGCACAAUAAGUACAGAGGGUUCAGCUGCAGCAAGUAAAAAUGAGGUCAGUUCCGUACCUUCAGAUUCUUGGAGAAACAAGAAACUGCCUGCUGGAAUGAUGGUAAAGAAGCGUGGGUCUGAUGAGAAGGAAAAAUUGUGCAAUAACAGUGAAGUGACUGUAGAUGGAUCAAAAAAUACCGAUGCUACUGUUAGCCCUGAUACUAAUGGUGUUCAUAAAAGCAUAAAGGAACGACAAACUGAGAAAAAGGCCACAGAAGGCCAUGAGCCAGCAGCAACUGAAUUAAAUCCUGACUCGCAGCAAAACCCCUGUAAAAACCCUGAGGCAGACAGUCCACGCAGCACAAGCUCAACAUCAGAAGCUAAAUCAACAUCAGUAAAUCAUGUCAUGAAAACUGCUCAGAGGGCUCAGAAAAGUCCAGUGAACUCUCCCUUCGGAGAAUGGAGUGAUGAUGAUGAUGAUGUUCAGCUGGUUUCGGUGCAGCCAGGCUCCCAGCAGUCCUCUUCAAUUCUAGCUCCCCCUGUGCAGAAAACCCUUACCUCUUACCCAGGCUUCCAGGUUACAUCAAAAAUCAAAGCUCAGGAGGAGGACCCAAGAGCUCUACACAACCACUUAACAGCCCAGAUCAAACAGAAAAAGGCCACUCUGAGUUCUGUCAACGUGGCUGCUCUGCCUGAUAAAGGAGAAAGGCUGACAAACCAAGUAAAAGAGCUAGAAAACGCUCUGGAGGCUUUAAGUCUGACAAAUGCUUCUCUUACAGAUUCUCAGGUUGCAGACGCUAAUGCUCAACAGAACACUAAGGUCAGUCAGUCCAACCCUUUUAGCCGUCCUGGAGACACUAUCCUUCUGGCAGAAUCUCAUGUCCCCGUCCAGCCAAAAGCUUCUACUAACUCACUGGGACUGCAAUUGAGUCAGGGCUACUCACAGAUGUAUGGAGUGAAUCCUCAGAACCAAGCUUUUUAUGGUGGUAGGAUGACCGAAGACAGGCUGAUCGCUGUCCGCAAUGCUACAACCGAAGCGAUCGACCAUCUCCAUCACUCACUGGAGUCAUGCCCAUCUGCAGAAACUGAGGCACAGGAUCCCAAAGGAAUAAAGGUCCAGUUGUUGCCUCACCAAAGAGGGGCCCUGGCCUGGCUCCUUUGGAGGGAAACUGAAAAACCUUGUGGAGGGAUUUUGGCGGAUGAUAUGGGUUUGGGGAAGACCCUCACUAUGAUUGCUCUCAUUUUGGCCCAAAAAAAGAAAGAAGAGAAAGACAAAGAGCUGCAGGGAUGGGUCUCAAAAACUGACUCAGUUAUGGUGGCAUCUCAGGGCACGCUAAUUAUCUGUCCUGCUUCUCUGGUGCAUCACUGGAAGAAAGAGAUCGAGAGAUACCUGAAAAACAGUCGACUGAGUGUGUAUCUCUACCAUGGGCCCAAUCGGCAGAGGAGUGCAAGCAUACUGGCGGAACAUGACGUGGUGAUCACCACAUACAGCCUGGUGUCUAAAGAAAUUCCUGUUCAAAAAGACGAAGCUGAACAGCCCAGUCAGGACUCUGUGCCUGUGGCGUCAGAGCUCCCUCCUCUACUACGGGUUGCCUGGGCUCGUGUGAUUCUCGACGAGGCUCACAACAUCAAGAACCCUAAAGUUCAGACCUCCAUGGCCGUUUGUAAAUUGAGGGCCAAAGCACGCUGGGCUGUCACGGGUACUCCUAUCCAGAACAACCUGCUUGAUAUGUACUCACUGAUAAAGUUUUUGAGGUGCUCCCCAUUUGAUGAAUACAAGCUGUGGAAGGCUCAGGUUGACAACGGCUCCAAGAGAGGAGGGGAGAGGCUUAAUCUCCUCACCAGGUCCCUGUUGCUGCGCAGGACCAAGGACCAGUUGGACUCUACAGGCAAGCCUUUGGUGACACUGCCGGAUCGCAGCUGUAAAAUUCACAGGGUGAAAUUAUCCAAUGAUGAGCAAUCCGUUUAUGAUGUGGUUUUUGCACAAUCCAGGUCCACACUUCAGUCCUAUCUAAAAAGGCAUGAGGGGGGAGACACUACACAAGGAUGCAAUCCCUUUGACAAAGUGGCACGUGAGUUUGGACUGUCCCAGGAUUCUGUAUCUUCCUCUCAACCCGCUCAAGUUUCCAGCACCAUCCACAUCCUGUCCCUGCUGCUGCGACUCAGACAGUGCUGCUGUCACCUGUCUUUGCUCAAGAAGACACUGGAUCGGUCUGAGCUGCAGGGUGAUGGGAUAGCUCUGUCACUGGAGGAGCAGCUGUGUGCUCUUUCUCUGUCCGAGUCUACAGAAUCAGAUCCUAAAGCCACCGUCUCCCUCAACGGCAGCAAGUUCCACUCCGAGCUUUUUGAGAAGAGUCAGGAAAGCACAAAGAUUUCAGCCAUUCUCACAGAGCUAAGAGAAAUCCGUAAGAAAGGUCAGAAAAGUGUAAUUGUGUCCCAGUGGACCAGUAUGCUGCAGAUUGUAGCUGUUCACUUGAAAAAGAUGGACCUGGACUUCAGUGUUAUAGAUGGCACAGUGAACCCCAAGCGACGCAUGGAUCUGGUAGAUGAAUUCAACACUAACCCCAAAGGAGCACAGGUAAUACUGGUGUCAUUGUGUGCGGGUGGAGUAGGCAUUAAUCUGACUGGUGGAAAUCAUCUGUUCUUAAUUGACAUGCAUUGGAAUCCAGCACUGGAGGAUCAGGCCUGUGAUAGAAUAUACAGAGUGGGUCAACACCGAGACGUUACCAUUCACAGGUUUGUGUGUGAGGGCACAGUGGAGGAUAAGAUCUCCUCUCUGCAGGAGAAGAAGAAGGAGCUGGCUCAGAAAGUCUUGUCUGGAACUGGGGCCUCCUUUACCAAACUCUCUUUGGCUGACCUUAGGGUUAUCUUUGGUGUGUAAAUUAUAAAAUGGCCUUAAUUGUCAUGUCUGGCAUGAGUCUGAUAUGUUGCUCUGAGACUUGCACUUAUUUACUUUUAAGGCUGUUUAUUACUUACAAAGCUUUGUAAUUUCCAGUCCCAAACUGAGACCACAUAAAUGACCUGACUUACGUUGAGCCUUAUUAUUGGAUAUGUUAAAUAAGGGUCCAGUUAGACUGAAAUGGUACUGGAUAUCCUCCAUUAAACUCAUUAAACUCUACUAUGGUGGUUUAUUUGAUUACUAAAAUAACAUUGGACACAGAAAAUCUCCUUAUGCAACCAAAAAUGCUUUAAUUUACAGGGCCCGGGCCCUAAUAAAAAAGAGCCAUAAGAAUAGUACAUAGAAAGCAUACACUUUCAUAAAGUAGAUGACCAUAUAGACCAUUUUAAUAGCCAGGAUCAUAGGCUAUAAUGUGCAUAUGCUAAUAUGAUCAAAACACAAAAAGGAAUCUAACCUAGUGCAGAUAUAGUUCUUUUUAAAACAUCAUACAUCUUCGAAAUUAGUCUGAUAAUCAGCCUGAAAUUAAAACUUUCCCAACUGUAUUUACACAUUUUGCUUUGUAGAAUCUUGAGAAACGGACUCCUGAUUACCUACAGCUGAGUACUAAAGGUGGGAAUAUUAAGCUAAAUCAAGUUCAUUGAUUAAGUCAGUAGAAUGAACAAUGAAGCCUUUUCGUUUAUCUACUCUUUGGACUAGGCUUUUAGACUGUAGUUUCCGUUCAUUUUGGCCUGAGUUACUACUUUCUGUUUAAGUUAGCUGGGUUGUAACUAAACAUUAGUGUUAUGACAAAGUGCUAUGACCCAGGUAACACAAACAAUGCAUCUUACACUUUCUGACUGCUCUGUACAAUCUGGUCACACAGUGGUUUACAAGAUGUGACAUAAAGCCUCCACAAGGGGGCAUUUGUGUACAGGUUUAUUUGAUUAUUAUUUUUUUUCCUCUGCAACCCAUUUUUUUUUGGCUCGCCACCCACCUCAGGGUCACGACCCAGGGUUUGAAAAACCCUGGUUUAAACGAGCAGGUGAUCCUAAUGAUGUGGCUGGUGGAUAUAGGUUUCUAUCUAACCACUCCAUUGUGAGAUGGUUCGCAGCCGAACAGACUGUAACUGUAAGGACCCACACUGCUUUAAAAUGGUUAUUUUGGUGGUUGCAUAGAUAAAUAUAGUAAUAAGUUGAUCAUUUCGGGUGAUACCACUAUAGACUUAAGCAGACUUAUACCAACAUCAUCAAAGAUACCAUUAACAAAAAAAAAACUUCGGGAAUAAUUAAAGACAGUCACCAACUUAGAUUUGUAAUAAUAUAUUUUAAACCAAUAACAUAACAAUUUUAGUAGCAUUUGCAUAAAAUAACAAACUUUAUAACAUUGGAAUUAAUUUUGUAUGUUGUUGAUAACAUGCUACAAAUGUAGUGUUUUGUAAAAAAAACAAUACAAAAGCAAUUUAUUAAAGUACUAUUAAAGCUACUACUAAAUUCUUCAGAAAUUCGUAGUGAUAAAUACACUUAAAACACAAAGUAAAUCCAACACAUUUAUUCUCACCUCUAGACUGAAAAAUCCUGCCUUUUAUACGUGCCAACAAAUCGACAUAUUUACAUAACUGAUAAAAAGGAAAGAAAACAGUAAAAAGACAUACUUUAAUUACACUCGUGUUCAGACAAACCAUACAAAAUUUAUGCUCUCAUUACAUUACGGGUCCCGGGUUCAAUCCCCAGGUGGGGCGGUUCGAGUCCUUUCUGUGUAGAGUUGCAUGUUGCAUGUUCUCCCCCAUGUCUGCGUGGGUUUCCUCCGGGAGCUCCAGUUUCCUCCCACAGUUCAAACUCAUGCAAGUGAGGUGAACUGGAGAUACAAAUUGUCCAUGACUGUUUGACAUUAAACUUGUGAACUGAUGAAUCUUGUGUAAUGAGUAAUUACCUGUUCUGUCAUGAAUGUAACCAAACUGUAAAACAUGACGUUAAAAUCCUAAUAAAUAAAUAAUAAAUAAACAUUACAUUACGAAUCACUUUA